UUUAGUAUUCAUGCAACUGCUUUUGUUACAGAGACAUCGUAAUAGACGACUGGUUUAAAUAAUUAUACUCACCAUUAAUAAAACACCUGAUGCUGUCGGGAGCUGACCAAUUUAGUGAAAAUCGGUUUGAAAGGAGUAACAGCACAAUGAAGUUGCGAUUGUAAGUUGCAGUCUGGAAGACGCGCGACAUCGCAGAAAAGGACAAAGUGUCAAAAAAACAGAAAAAGUCCUGAAGCACUGAAAUCCACACAACACAGUUAUAAAGAUGGAGUUUAUUAAAGAGGAGAGUGAAGACGUGAAGAUAGAAGAAACAUUCAGAGUCAAACAAGAAGAUACUGAGGAUCAAACAAAGUUUGAGUUUACUAAAGAGGAAAGUGAAGAAACAUUCAAACAUGAAGAUACUGAGGAACAAACACAGAUGGAGUUUAUUAAAGAGGAAAGUGAAGACAUGAAGAUUGAAGUAUUCAAUCUGAAAUCUGAAGAUACUGAGGAACAAACAGAUCUGAUGACACUGAAAGAGGAGAAUCAAGAACUGAAUGACACUCAAGAGAUAGAUCAAAAUGAGAAACAGCAUGAUUUCAAUACGGAAGAAGAAUCGAUUGGUUGCUCACAGACUGAAAAGACCUCCUUAUCCAAAAAAGCUCAAAAUACACAAACUACAAACCUUGAUUCCCACUUAAGAAAUCAUGCUGGAGAGAGGCCUUACACCUGCCAACAGUGUGAAAAGAGUUUUACACGGAAAUAUUACCUUACUGCCCACAUGAAAAUUCACUCUGGAGAGAAGCCUUACACAUGCAAUCAGUGUGGAAAGAGCUUUACACAGAAAAGUCAACUUACUGUCCACAUGAGAAUUCACACUGGAGAGAAACCCUUCACCUGUGAACUGUGUGAGAAGAGUUUCAGACUAAAUGCAGAGCUCAAGACUCACAUGAUAAAGCACACUGGAGAGAAGCCUUACACAUGUAGUCAGUGUGGAAAGAGUUUCACACAAAACAGUCAAUUUAAAGUUCACAUGAGAAGUCACACAGGAGAGAAGCCUUUCACCUGCAAACAGUGUGGGAAGAGUUUCACACGAAAUAGAUAUCUUAAGAAUCACAUGAUUAAUCACACUGAAAAGAAACCAUUCGUAUGCUCUCAGUGUGGAAAGUGUUUUACACAGAAAAGAGCCUUCGAUGCCCACAUGGUAAUUCACACUGGAGAGAGUCCUUUCACCUGCCACCGGUGUGGAAAGAGUUUCAGACUAAAAGAAAACCUUCAGAAUCACAUGAAAAUUCACACUGGAGAGAAGACUUUCGAAUGUCAGUGUGGAAAGAGAUUUACACAGAAAAAACGGCUCGAUACCCACAUGAGAGUUCACACCGGAGAGAAGCCUUUCACCUGCGAACUGUGUGGGAAGAGUUUCACGAAUAAAACAAACUUAAAGACUCACAAUAGAAUUCACACUGGAGAGAAUCCUUUCACAUGUGAUCAGUGUGGACAGAGUUUCAGAUAUAAUGCAAACCUCAUCAGUCACAUGAAGAUUCACUCAGAGAAGAGUUUUAAAUGUCAUCAGUGCGAGAGGAGUUUCACAGACAUGAAUCAACUUCAGGAUCAUGUAAUAACUCACAACUGAGAAAAGCCUUCAUCACUGUGGAAAGAGUUUCACAAGAGAAGAAAGCCUCAAGAUUCACGAGAGUUCACACCGGAGAGAAACGUACAAGUGUCUUGAGUGUGAGAAGAGUUUCACGUCAACGCAGCAUGAAACGUCAUUUGCGAACUCAUUCUGAGAAGAAAUUGCCAUUUUCCUUCGUAUGAAGAGGUUUAGAAAAAGGAGAGAUUUCUACACUCAUCUGUGCAUUCAAUUUGGAAGACAAUUCAAUUGUAGUCAGUGUAAUAAUUUAAUAAUAAUUUGUCAUCCACUGAAAAGUCAUGCAAAUGGGAGACCCAGUUUGUGUUUUGUUGAAGAUAUGACUAGAAAACAUUUUCAGAAAAAUUCUACAUCUGAUUGUUACCUUCACGACUACUUCUUUUACUUACAUUCUUCAUCUCUUCAUGCUUCAUCUUAAGGCAUCUUCUUUUCUUUUGUGCAUUUUUACUUUACAUUUUUAGGCCAAACCUGAUAACCAUCUUUGCUUUAAUGUCACUCAAUUCAAUGUGUUGAUUUCCUUUGAAUCAAAAUCGUAGUCAAACUUUUACCUUGCUGGGAAAUCAACAAUGUAAUUGGAAGAUUACAAAUAAACUGACAUAAACCGAACAAAA